AUGAGGCGAUCUGCCAUUUUUUUUGUCCUAGGUCUUCUUACUUUAUCCACUCUCACUUCAGCUGAUAUAUACUUAAAGGAAACGUUUUCCGACAAUGACUGGGAAAAGCGGUGGGUCCAUUCCAAGCAUAAAGAAGACCUUGGCAAGUUUACAGUAACAGCUGGAGAGUUUCACGCCGAUAAAAUUGAAUCUCGUGGCCUUCAAACUUCAGAAGACGCAAGAUAUUAUGCAAUUUCCACGAAAUUUGAUAAGAUAAUUGAUAAUACUGAUAAGGAUUUAGUGGUUCAAUUCUCUGUCAAACAUGAACAAAAUAUCGACUGCGGAGGAGGUUAUGUAAAACUUCUUCCCCCUGAAUUUGAUGCGCUGAAUUUCGAAGGAGAAUCAUUAUACAAUAUCAUGUUUGGGCCUGAUAUUUGUGGUAUGAACCGUAAAGUUCACUUAAUUUUUAAUCGUAAGGGAACAAAAGAAAACAAAGAAAUGAAAAAGUCAAUAAAGUGUCCAUCGGAUCAAGUAACACAUUUAUAUACCUUGAUAGUAAAGCCUAAUCAUACGUACAAAAUCCUAAUUGAUAAUGAAGAAGCAGCAUCUGGAACUUUGGAGGACGAUUUUGAUUUGCUUCCACCCAGAGAAAUUAUAGAUAAAACCGCCAAAAAACCAGAUGAUUGGGAAGAUUUAGCCGAGAUCCCUGAUCCAGAUGAUCGUAAGCCGGAAGAUUGGGUAGACAGCCCAGCCACAAUUCCCGAUCCCGAUGCUAAAAAGCCUAAUGAUUGGGAUGAUGAAAUGGAUGGAGACUGGGAGCCACCACAUAUUUCUAAUCCUGCCUAUAAAGGAGAAUGGCAACCAAAGAUGAUUCCUAAUCCAAAAUACAAAGGAGAAUGGAAAGAACCUAUGAUUCCAAAUCCAGAUUAUGUCCCAGAACCAAAUCUUCAUGCUUAUAAUACCGCAUUUAUCGGAUUCGAUUUGUGGCAAGUGAGAUCUGGCACUAUAUUUGAUAAUAUAUUGAUCACUGAUGACGUCGAAACAGCAGAGAAAUUUGCCAAUGAGACAUAUGUCAAAUUCCGAGAUGCGGAAUUAGAAGCAAAGAGAAAAUUGGAUGAGUUGGAGAAGCAAGAAGCUGGGGGUGAUGCAACUGAUAAGAAAGUCGAUGAUGAUGACAUUAUCGAUCUAGACGUUAAACUUGGGGAUGAUGGAGAAGUUAAAGUCACAAAACCAGAAAAGGAUGAAGAAGUUAAGGAUGAAAAAGCAGAAAAAGAGAAAGAGAAAGUUAAGGAUGAAAAAGAGAAAGAAGUAAAAGCAGAAAAAGAGAAAGAGAAAGUUAAGGAUGAAAAAGCAGAAAAAGAAAAAGUUAAGUAUGAAAAAGUGAAAGAAGUAAAAGUAGAAAAAGAGAAAGAGAAAGUUAAGGAUGAAAAAGCGAAAGAAGUAAAAAUAGAAGAAGUGAAAGAAAAGAAAGAAGAAGUGAAAAAGGAGGAUGUCAAAGAAACAAAAGAUGAAAAAGAUGCAAUGGAUAAAUUACUCGACGACUUUGAAGAAGAAUUUGGUGUACUACCAAAGCGAAAGAAGGAAGAAGGAUAUAAAUUACCUACAAGAGACGAAUUUUAA